UUUGACUUAAAAAAGCGGUUGCUGCUGAAGCUUACCAGACUUGUCCCAAGUCUGAAUCAAAAUAUCAGAUACAGCCAAUCAGCCAUGCGUACCAAUCUGCACACAGUGAGCGGCGGCUACCCGAUCUGGUACUGGUAGUAGCAGGAACGACGAUGGCGGAGGAGUCAGGGAGGAGGAGCGGCGGCGGCGUCAGGGUGUGCGUCACCGGCGGCGCUGGGUUCAUCGGCUCGUGGCUCGUCAAGAAGCUCCUCGGCGCCGGCUACACCGUGCACGCCACCCUGCGAAGCAUAGGGGACGAGGUGAAGGUGGGCCUCCUGCGGCGGCUCGUCCCCGGCGACGCGCCGCCGGAGCGGCUGCGCCUGUUCGAGGCCGACCUCUACGACGCCGCCACCUUCGCUCCGGCCAUCGCCGGCUGCCAGUUCGUCUUCCUCGUCGCCACGCCCUUCCUCCAUGACGCCACCAGCACGAAGUACAAUAACACGGCGGAGGCGGCGCUGGACGCGGCACGGGUGAUCCUCCGGCAAUGCGAGGAAUCCAGCACGGUGAAGCGCGUCAUCUACACGAGCUCCAUGGCUGCGACCUCGCCGCUCAAGGAGGACUCCACCGGCUUCAAGGACUCCAUCGACGAAUCCUGCUGGACGCCGCUCGCCGUCGACUACCCUUACCGGAGCGCACGGUUCGAUGAGUACAUCCUGUCGAAGCUGCUGUCGGAGAAGGAGCUGCUGGGGCACAGCCACGCUGGCGAGAGGCGGAGGCCGGCGGUCGAGGUGGUGACGGUGCCGUGCUCCGUCGUCGCCGGCGGGACGCUGCAGGGGCAGUCGACGACGAGCCUGGACUGCGUCGUGUCGCCGGUGUCCCGGGACGAGGGCCGCUUCCGGGCGCUCAGGCUGCUGCAGAGGCUGAUGGGGUCGGUGCCGAUGGUGCACGUCGACGACGUCUGCGACGCGCUCGUCUUCUGCAUGGAGCAGCCGUCCCUCACCGGCCGGUUCCUCUGCUCCGCCGCGUACCCGACUCUCGACGACAUCGUCGAACACUUCGCCGGCAAGUACCCUCACCUCGACCUCCUCAAAGAAACGGAGACAUUGCCGAGCAUUCAAGCUCACACUGAUAAGCUGGGGGAGCUGGGGUUCAAGUACAAGUACGGAAUGGAGGAGAUACUGGACGAGAGCGUGGAAUGCGCGGUGAGACUUGGUUGCCUUGAUGCGUCCAAGCUUAGUUUACAAGGAUGAUAAUAUCAUCCUGAUUAGUGCAAUUUACCAUCAUUAUUGUGUUGGUGUGCCUCUUCAGGCGUUCUAAUUACUAUACUUAAAAUAAAAAGGAGCAAUGGAGCAUUCCUUGGCGUCAUUGGUUUACAGUCGUGUACUCGUGUACUACCAGCAAUCUGAAAUCUGAACUUCAUUUUUCACUGUCA